GGGAAACGAGACCCGGAGAAUCAGAGUCAGUGGUAGUUACGAGCCUUGCAGUUACGAGGAGUUAGCCACCGCAAGCGGAGCGGACCAAAACCCCAACCAAAAUAACAAACCGAAAGCCCUAAGAACCCGAAGAAAUUUAAAAAAAAAACGUAAUCGUGGCAUAGGGUCGAAACAGAUAGCGACGCGACAAUGCUGAACACCUUUAGUUCGGUGAGGCAGUACCUCAAGUUCGAUCUCACCCGGGUGGUGAUCGACAACUUUGUGUUCAAGCUGCACUACCGAUGGACCUUCGUGAUGCUCCUGGUGGCCACCCUGCUGAUCACAUCCCGUCAGUAUAUCGGUGAGCAUAUCCAGUGCAUUUCGGACGGAGUAAUAGCGCCGGUUAUCAACACAUUCUGCUUCUUUACGCCCACUUUCACGGUGGUUCGCGAUCUGAAUCACACAGUAUUCAGACCAGGCAGUGAACCGCCUGGCAUUGGGCACUACGAUGCCAGCAAGGAUCAGAUCAAGAGGCAUGCCUAUUACCAGUGGGUGCCCUUUGUCCUGUUCUUCCAGGCCCUGUGCUUCUAUGUGCCCCACUUUCUAUGGAAGAAGUGGGAGGGUGGUCGCGUCAAGGCUCUGGUCUUUGGCCUCAAAAUGGUCGGACUGACCAGGUAUCUGAAAAAUGAUAGUUUACGAAUCGGUAAGCUGAACAUCCCGUCCAUGGCCGAGGCGGAGGAGAGGAUCAAGGACAUCCGCAGGACAAUGAUAGAUCGAAUGCGUUUGAAUCAGUCGUGGGGCGCUCACUUGGUGUUCACGGAAUUCCUCAAUUUGGUGAAUCUCCUGCUGCAGAUCACGUGGACGAAUCGAUUUCUCGGAGGACAGUUUCUGGAUCUGGGACCCAAGGCGAUUAAGGGACGUUGGUCCGAGGAGCUCAGUGUCCUGGACAUUGUUUUCCCCAAGGUUACCAAGUGCCGAUUCCAUAAAUAUGGUGCCGGUGGCUCUCUACAGGAUCAUGAUACGCUCUGUGUCAUGGCCUUGAACAUAAUGAACGAGAAGAUAUAUACGAUUCUCUGGUUCUGGUAUGCCUUCUUGCUGACUGUCACCGUUCUGGGUCUUAUCUGGCGACUACUCACCCUGUGUUUGUACAGAAACCUAACCUUCACCCGCUGGUCCCUGUACUGGGCCAAGCCGGGCCGACUGGACGAAAAAGAACUGGCCGCUGUGAUCGACAAGUGCAACUUCUCCAACUGGAUGUUCCUGUUCUUCCUCCGCACCAACCUCUCCGAGUUCCUCUUCAAGAAGGUGAUCUAUCACCUGGCCAGCGAGUUUCCCAAUCCGGAGACGGACAACGACAUCAACGCCUAUCGGGACAUGGGUGCUUCGACCUCAUCCUCGACGGUGAAGGCCCGCUAUCCGGACAUAAAUGGUCUGGACACUGUGGAUGCACCGUUGUUGCAUCAACGACACCCUGCCACGCCCCCAGUCAGUGUGCUCCCGGACCCAUCGGAUAUGACCAAGAUGCCCGUUUAACGAAAAAAAGGGGGGGCUAUAAUUUAUGCAUUCCAACUAGUUAGAAAAUUAAUUACUUUUCGAGAAUUCUGUCAUUUACGUCUGUGUUUUUUUUAUUUUUAACUCUUUUUUUUUUUUAGUAGAUGAUCAUUUAAAUAUAUAUUUAUUUUUAAGAGACA